AGUCAUGUCAACAAGAGGAUGUAGGCAGGAGAUCUGCAGAGGACUGCACCGUGGAGCCACGGGGAAGUUGAGACUCCACGCUGCUAGAAGGGGCAAGACCCAUCAACCCUCAACCCUGGUUCCUGAUUGGACAGCCUACUCUGCCUCUACCCAAAGAUCUCAAGGUUGCUGCAACAGACUUAGAGAAAAGACAAACUGAGUGAUGAAGAUCUGAUUGUUGUAAGACAACAACUAGUUCGGCUUUGCUUCUAUUCAGAAGAGAAUUUUUGUCGUACAAAGACAAAGUCUCUGACCAAUGAUAUUUGAAGUUUUCUGUUGCCGAGAUCAUUCAUCAUCGGGGUAUUUGAUAAAGAAUAAUGGGGGAUACCGUCGACAGCCACACAUCAUGGAAUGAAAACUCCAGUGUAAACAGCACAGACAUUGACUAUGACAUUGACUAUGACAUUGACUAUGAUGAGUCAGUUGAUGAUGCUCUCACUGUGGUGCAUUGGAUCGCUAUUUGCAUUGGAUUUCCUCUGACUCUGCUGGCCAUAUUUGCUGUUUUUUCAACAAUAAAAAAAGAUCAUGUUGCUCCAGUUUACAUCCUCAACCUUUUGAUUUCUGAUCUCAUCCAGUACUGCAGCAGAAUUCCUCUAAUAUCACAUGCUGAUAAUGUUUGGUCUUAUUAUGCCUUUCAUUUUGGCAUCACAGCCAGUAUUGGAUUCAUGAUGUGUGUCUCCCUGGAAAGAUAUCUGGUCAUUUGCAAACCACUGUGGUACAGAUUUAAACGAAACAUCAAAACAUCUGUGUUGGUCUGUGUCACAGUUUGGAUACUUUCUUUUCUUUUUAUCCUGACCCUGUAUUACACUGAGGAAUUAGAGAUGACUGAAAAAAUGUUUGGCGUUUUUCUCCUCCUCCCUCUUCCCUUGUUCAUCUUCUGCCUGGUUGGGACCAUUAAAGCUCUGUCUGAAGCUCGCAGUGUCCCUGCUGAUGAAAAACGUCGAAUUGUUUUAAUCUUGGUUUUGUUGUUGCUUAUUUAUCUUCUGCUUUUCUUGCCAAUUAUAAUAUUUUUUCUGUAUGAAGAAGCUGUGGAAAAUGUAAUCUUAAGCUUUGCUAUUGAUAUUUGUAUUUUUCUUAGUCCUCUUGCAGACUCAGCUUUGUAUAUUUUUCUGAGGAAAAGUGCAGUUGACAGGAUUUUGAUCUCAUUGUGUUGUUGUGUAAAGUCUAGGAAUCAGAUCAGCAUCACUGAUAAUCAAAACAUGUCAGGUCUUCAGUCUACAGAAGUUUAGGUACCACUGAUGCACAAAUAU